ACUAGCCUCUGUUACCAUGCAUAUGCUUCUAGAGGACGUACAUUUUUUCUGCAGAUAUGGUAUCUUAUUUAAAUAGGAGCAUGCUAGUAGGUAAACUUUUUCUUAAAUAAAUUCAUUCAUUAUUCAAAUUAAUCAACGAAGAAGUUUCUUUAGCGCGUAUAAAGAAGACAUGCAUGGUUCUAUAUAUUCAUUACUUGCCAAGUCGGAAGUACACUCAGCUAAGGUAUCUUGAAACUGCAAGUGAAUUUUUGUCACUGCUUCUUUGUACGUACUUUUUUUUUAUUUACUACAUCCUCACUAUAGUUCCCUCCAUUGUAAUCUUUUGAACAAAUACAAAUACAAAAUCAGACCAGAAUUCUUGAUCUGUGAUUUUAAAAAAAAUGGAGGAGCAAGCAGAGGUAGAAGGCAGUUUUGGACAUGAAAGUUAUGAUGCAGUUGUUGUGGGGUCUGGUUAUGGCGGUUCUGUUGCAGCUUGUCGGCUGGCUAUGGCAGGUGUAAGGGUGUGUCUACUUGAAAAAGGCCGGAAAUGGGAAGCGCAGGACUUCCCAACUGACAGCUUCAAAAUCUUAUCGGCUGUGAGGAUGGAGAACCAGAACCUAGGUGUUAGCUAUGGACCAAAAGAUGCUUUAUUUCAGAUGUACGGGCAAAAUGAUUCUCUAGCAGCAGUGGCUUGUGGGCUUGGUGGAGGUUCACUAGUGAAUGCUGGAGUUAUGAUGCCAGCAUCAGUUCGUGCUAGACGGCAUCCAAAAUGGCCGAAGGAAUGGGAAAGGAAUUGGGGUAGUUGUGAAGCUUCUGCUGCAGACAUGCUGAGAAUACAAAGCAUUCCCGUCAAGUUUCCUUCCGCGAAAAUUUUGGAAGAAGCUGCUGAUGGAGUAACUUUUGACACUUCAAUAAAGCUUAGUGUGAAUUUUGACAUUGAAGAACCAACAACAAAUGGAACGAAGCGUCCACAAAUGGGUAGCUGCUUAGCCUGUGGAAACUGUCUUUCUGGAUGUCCAUAUAACGCCAAAAGUUCGACUGACAAAAAUUAUCUAGUCUCAGCAAUCCAGGCUGGAUGUAUUGUGAAAACAGAAUGCCAAGCGCAGAAUGUGGUUAGAAACAUGCAUGACCAUUUCCAACAUAAAGGAAAAAAUGGCAGGAGAUGGCUCGUUUACUUGAAUGAGAUUGACUAUGUGACCUGUGAUUUUGUGAUCCUAUCAGCGGGAGUUUUUGGCACAACUGAGAUACUCUUCCAAUCACAAAUGAGAGGACUGAAACUUUCAGAAGCACUUGGAUCUGGAUUCAGCUGUAAUGGGAAUACUGUGGCUUAUCUCGCUGGAACGCCAGCACCAAUCAAUGGUUAUGGAUUAGACAGAAAGCAGGUGUUCACAACUCCUUUCGAAGAAAGGCCAGGGCCAUCAAUUUCUUCAUCUUUCACUUCUUCACUCGGUUUUACAAUCCAGAGUGCUGUACUUCCAAUAGCUUAUCCAUACCUGCUAUUUAAAGGAAUCACAACAUAUGGAUGGCCUGCUGGGUACUGGUUCCUGCAUGGAAUUAUAGACAAGAUAAGACACAUUAUAGGUUCCAAAGCAAGCCAAGCAAUGAUUCUUAUUGCAGUGGGACAUGAUGAAAGUGAUGGUAAGAUCAUAUUAGAGAAGGGCACCAACAAAAUCUGCUUUACUCCACCUCAGGAUCCCCUUCUCCCACGAAAGAUUAAAGCUUUUCAGAAGCUCACUAAGAAAUUAGGAGGACUUCUCUUCAUGUCAAAAUACCGAAGCACAGCAGUUCAUCUUUUAGGUGGGUGCAAUGUGUCUUCAGAUCCUUCAGGUGGUGUUUGCAACCCCAAUGGACAGGUUUUUGAACCAGACUCAUCCUCAACAGUGCAUCCCGGCCUCUACGUGUGUGAUGCUUCUUUGAUCCCAUGUUCUGUUGGGAUAAAUCCAUCUCUUACCAUCACAACUGCAGCUGAGCACAUAAGUAAGAACCUUGUGCAGGAAGCUCUGAAGUACAAGAUCAACAAUGGUCGUGAAUGUGUUGUGAAAACUGCUGACCAAGGUCAAGAACCCUUCAUCGAGAAGAAUGUUAUUAACCGUCAGAGAGAAAUGGUCAUGGUUAAAGAAACCAUGAAAGGUUAUGUUGGGGGUAUGCCAUGCACUGCUUAUCUAAAAAUGAGGAUGAAUUCUCAGGACCAGACUUUCUCUGAUGUAAAGUUGGGUACUGGAAAAUCCCAUCCCCUUCUUAGAGGUAAAGUUGGAGGACAUGUGGAAAUUAGAGCCUUUGAGAAGGAUGAUUUACAUAUCAUAGAUGGGAACGUAAAUUUGUGUGUAGUUGAUGACAGAACUCCAUACACACAGUAUAUGCAGUAUGAUUUUCUUCUUGCAGCUUCUACUGGUUCAAGAUAUAUUCUCAAGGGAAGAAAGAUAAUGAAUCCAUAUUUCUUUCCAUUAUAUGCUUGGAGGGAGAUGACUACACUGCAUGUUACAUUCGAAAAAGUUUCUGAGGAAGAAUCAAAGGAUGAGAAGGUGGUUCUCAAAGGGGAGCUUCAUAUUUCGAUGACAGAGCUUCUUAAGAGCAUCAUAAGCCUUCAAGGAAACAAUAGGGGAAUGUUUAUGUGCCUCCUCUCAGGGUCUUUCUUAAGAACUUAUUUCUUGCCAAUACCUCGAGGGAAUCAGGGGGAUUUAGUUCUGUCAGAAGAUAAAUCUUAUCCAAGCAGCACUCUCCAUGAAAUAAAAGCAGAAGAUGGAUUCACCAUCAGUUGCAGACAAUGGAAGUCAAAACUUAAAGGAGAUGAGAAACUGAAUCCGGUUCUCCUUCUUAAUGCAUAUGCUAUUGAGAGUUUCUGUCUACCAACUGAGCCGAAUGACUUGGUCAGAACUUUAAUUGAAGAAGGGCAUGAAACAUGGUUAUUGAAUUCGAGAUUGCACCCUCUGAAUCCUUCUAACGAUUUUACAAUUGAAGAUGUUGGAAAAUUUGAUAUCCCUGCUGCAAUUAAUAAGAUCCUUGAAAUCCAUGGACGAAGCACAAAGGUGCACGUAGUUGCACACUGUGUUGGAGGCUCAGCCAUACACAUAGCUAUCAUGGGAGGUCAUGUCUCUGCAACCCAUAUAGCUUCUCUGUCUUGCACCAACUCAUCAAUGUUCUUCAAGCUUAAUGCUAUGUCCACAUUCAAAAUGUGGCUUCCUCUGAUACCGUUGUCAAUGUUCAUACUUGGAAACGACAAGACACUUCCUCUUUUGGAAACAUCAAAUAUCAGCUCCCGGCACCGCCUCCUGAAACUGAUAGCUAGCUUCAUACCUCGGACUGAGAGAUGCACCUGCUUUGAAUGUGAAGUUUUCUCUGGCGUAUUUGGAAAUGCAUUCUGGCAUGAAAAUAUCACCCCAACCUUGCACCAGUGGUUGACCAAGAAAAACGCGACAAGGCUUCCUAUGGCAGCAUUUCCCCAUCUCAGAAAGAUGUCCAACUCUGGUUUUAUUGUAGACAGCAAUGGUUGCAACUCAUAUUUGAUCCAUCCAGAAAGAAUGACACUCCCAACGCUCUAUAUAUCCGGUGGGCGAUCCCUCCUUGUGACUCCUCAAACUUCUUUCCUAGCUCAUAAGUACAUGAAGUUGCACCAGCCAGGGUUUAGACAUGAAAGGGUAGUUGUGGAGGGUUUUGGGCAUUCAGAUUUAUUGAUUGGAGGAGAGUCUCACAAGAAGGUGUUUCCUCACAUUUUAUCUCAUAUAAGAUUAGCUGAACAAGGAGAGAUUCAUGCCAAAGGAAAGAAGUACAGUAAAGAGGCCUUGGAUUGGGAAGAUGAUCAAUAUUAUGAAGGCAACUUUGGAAUAUUUGGAACUUGGUUCUCUCCUUUUGUGGUUCUUAUGUUGCUGUUUAUCUCACUUUCUUGGUUGGUGGCAGUAUUUUUCUGAUUGCGACAGGAAAAGUAUUUUUGACCUCCUUGUCAAAACCCCAGUUAUAGGGGUCAUUCUUAGGGUAUAGGGCAAGACAAUGUCUUGAGAUAGAUGUGUACAAAUGUGAGUAUUUGAGUAGGUCAGUGCACUGCCAUACUUGCCAAAUUUUACAUUAAUAAGAUUUUUUUAAAAUUUGAAUGUGAGUAAUAAAAAUUUAAUACCGAUAUCCGGAUUUUAAAUUUAAACUUUGGAAUGAAACAUUUUUGC